GAGUGGGUUCUCUUCCCUGGUCCGGAGCCUCUGCAGGUUUUCCUCUCACUCAGCUGGAUUAUUUCACACCUGACUCAGCUCACCUGGAUUCUCUGUCCUGGGUUCACUGCCGAUUUCAAGAGUAAUAAGACAACAAAAAACCCACAAAACCCACAAAAAAUGUUGCACCAUUCUCAAAUUCACCCAUAGUGAUGGAUAGUGUACAGAACUCAACUUUACGAGAUCUGAGACAGGGCUGGAGAAUUGUGAGUCUGGCUAUCGGUUGCACCCCGUUACCGCUUGUAUUCUUUGUGUUUUACUGCCUCUCUGUGUGAUAGGUCACAUUGUGCCAUCACCGCCCCCCUCACACACACACACACACACACACACACACACACACCAUGUUCUCCUAGUAGCAGGCUCCUCUGCUGUCUCUGAUACAACCCCCAGAGCCUCGCAGAACCAGACCAGCGAACGCGGGAGAGCUCUGGCCAUGAGGAUCUUCAUUGCCUUCGAUGGCUGCUGCGAGCCCUUUGACAUCUCCCAGGAACACACCGUCAAGACUAUAAAACAGAUGAUCAAGGAGUUUUUUCACGUCCAGCUGUCGGAUGACAAACGGACGCGGCGUUACCUGGAGCUGAGCUACGCUGGGGCCACUCUACAAGAUGGCUGGUCUCUGCCCGACAUCGGGAUCGCCCCCUGCAGUACCAUUCGCUGCCUGCUGAAGGAAGAGGACAAGCCCAUCCUGCACGUGUUCAGCCCGGUGAUGGGGGAGACCCUGCCCCUGAUGGGGACAGUGUUCCUGCUCAGCACCUCCGUCUCCCAGCUGAAAUCCCUGGUGUCCCGGCAGAGCGGAAUUCCGGUCGGAGCGUUCCGGCUGACCACUCAGACCGGCCUGGAGCUCUACGACUGCACUCGGCUGGAUGAGUACGGCAUCGGAGUGGGGGCCACACUCCGCCUGCACACCUGGGACGGGUGGACAGAGCUCCUGAGGGGCUGUUUCCUGGGCCACAAGCAAACAGUCCAACGCUAUCUGUCUGAGGAGGAGCCCGUCAUGAGAUUCCAGCAGCGAGUGGCCCUGUACGUGGCCUCCUUUUUUGGGCACCUGGACCUGGCGAGCUGGCUGCUGCGUAAGGGGGUGCGGGCCGAGGAGCCGGUCGGGGUACACCCUUACCGGACCUGGUGCCGUGACACGGACCACCCCGAAACCGCCAAGUGCCCCGUCCAUGCCGCUGCGGAGGCCGGCCAGCUCCACAUCCUCAAGUUCUUCGUGGGCGGAAGCGUCCUCAACCUGGCCUGCCAGGACCCGGCGGGGCUAACCCCUCUGAGGAUCGCGCUCCGGCGCGGACACAAGGAGUGCGUGCGCUACCUCAUCACCAAGAUGUGGUCCGUGGUCUCCUUCCCGGGGCUGGCGCUGACCAUGGGGCUCUACAUCCAGGUCAAACGCUGGGCCUACAAGGCCCAGAAGAAGGCCUACAAGUGGAGCCAGAAGCAGAGGGUGCCGUCUCGGGCCAGGGUGGGGGACACCGUGCUGGUCGACGGCUUCACCGUUCCGGAAAUGACCUCCAAGCCCUGGAGCAGAGCGCCCAGGGCCGGGGGUAGGGUCAAAGGUCGCGGCCUUCCCGCUCUGACUCUGUCGCGCGACUCCAACUGCCGCUCCCGUCUCUCCUCGGGUCAGACUACCCAGAAUGCAUCGGGACGGCUGCCUCGUUUGCGUCCUGACGCCACGGACGGCUGCGGAUGUGAAGGGAGCAGCCUGGAGGAGGGACCGGGGGACAACGAGGAGGUCUGUUCGGCCGAAAGCAGGGACCAGAACCGGAACACCUGGAGGAGCAAGGUCCCGCUUCCCGCCAUCUCCCGGGACACCAACCCCCGGCCUCGCUUCAUCUACGCCUCGCCCAACUCCUCCCGCAUCCUCUCCUCCUCCCUGGACUCCUUCACCAAACACAGCGGCCGAACCACCCGAGAAAAUGCCAUCUACUGUUUGGCCCUGGCGAGUGCCUUCACAGAGAAGCCCUGGCUCCAUCAGUUGGGAAUGGCUCGAACCCUUGCCCAGAGGACUGUUAGGAAACUGCUAUAGAUCAGCCAGGCUGCUUGGGUCCUCUGGACCAAAGGCUCACCACUGCACUGAGCUCAGCUGUAACCAUGGUGACCUGGUCAACACAACAAAGCCUGCGCUGUAGGAGACUAUGAAGAUUCCCUUCACAUUUGUCUAGUUGACGAUGUUACAAAGUCUUCAGAAACAAAUAUGCAUUUUGUUCUAGUAUGUUGGCCAGGGGAUUUAUUAUUAUUAAUUUUUACCACUGAUCAGUAUGAGAUAUGAGACAUAGAUAUUCUUCAGAUAUUUAGGCUGCAUUUCUAUACUGCUGUAUCAAGACAUACACAUUUGAAAUAGAAUUUUCUCAUUUUCAUUUUCAUUUGAAGUUGAAUUGAUUUUACUUAUUUUAUGCAUCAUUUUUAUUUAAUUGAACAAUUAUUUAUAUAUUUUAAGUAUGUGUGUGCAUUCAUUAUACAGUAUAUGUGCUCUUAAACUGUACAGUGAAAGGACCAGGUAUGUUUGCAAUCAGAUCAGGUCUGACGAGUACUUGUGCAUGUAAUGUGUUGUAAUCGAACACUGCAAUGUGCUUGUAACGGUGUAAUGCGUUUGGAACAUGGUAAUGUGCUUGUAACGGUGUAAUGCGUUUGGAACACUGUACUGUGCUUGUAACGGUGUAAUGUGUUUUGAACACUGUAAUGUGCUUGUAAUGGUGUAAUGCGUUUGGAACACUGUAAUGUGCUUGUAACGGUGUAAUGCGUUUGGAACACUGUAAUGUGUUUGUAACGGUGUAAUGCGUUUGGAACACUGUAAUGUGCUUGUAACGGUGUAAUGCGUUUGGAACACUGUAAUGUGCUUGUAACGGUGUAAUGCGUUUGGAACACUGUAAUGUGUUUGAAACCUGCAGCAAUGUGUGUGGGCCUGCCAAUUAUACAGUUACCCCCCCCCC